UAACAUGGAUCAUCUGGUUGCAUUAGUGGCAGUUUUGUGGGUAUGCCAGGUAAAUGGGGGAUCCUAUAGAACUGAAAUUGUUGGGGGUAGGGAGGCCAGACCCAACUCACAUCCUUAUAUUGCCUCCCUACAAUUCAGGGGCCAGCAUUUCUGUGGAGGAUCUCUUGUUGCCCCCCAAUUUCUAAUGACUGCUGCCCAUUGCCUAUCAGGCAUGAACCCAUCUCAAGUAACUGUAGUAUUGGGAGCUCAUUCUCUUAGUAGUAAUGAAGAAUCCAGACAAACCUUUAGGAUCUCACAAGUUUUUGAAAAUGGCUUCAAUCCUCAAACACUGCAGAAUGACAUACUUAUUUUGAGACUUGACAGGGCCGCAUCUCUGAAUUCCAGAGUGAAUGUAGUAAAUCUACCCCGUGUGAACGAGACAGUCCCAGCUGGGACACAAUGUGUGACUUCUGGAUGGGGAAGGCUGGGAACUCAGGCAAGGAUUCCGGAACUUCUGCAGGAGCUCAAUGUCACUGUGACUAGCGGAGACUUGUGCCGUCCAAACAACAUCUGCACUGGAGUAUUCAUGAGACAGGCGGGAAUAUGCUUUGGCGACUCUGGUGGUCCACUUGUAUGCAAUGGGGUGAUUCAGGGAAUUUCAUCUUUUAUAAUCCGGAGCUGCGGAAGUGGAGUGGCUCCUGAUUUCUUUGCACGAGUUGCACUGUUUCGAGAUUUCAUUGAUGGUGCUAUCAACAGAUGACCAAGCGGAA